AUGACGGAUUACGAUCCCGAAAAAAUAGCGAAGCGACUUGGUCGGAUUGAAGCAAUAUUUUUUCCGGAUCAGCUUGAUGAUGAAGGACCAAGGUCGAUCGGAGACGAGCCAACUUGUGUUGAAAAACUGGCGGUGCCGAGUUUUGAACUGCGAGAAGCGCUACUUGAGCUGAUUUUUUAUCAAGACGAUGCGCUAGUCGCAGCAACAGCGGUGAAUGAUUUAAUUCCUCUUUUGACCAGUUCAAACAAAACCACAGCUGAGCGCGCAUCUGACGUCGUUUUCAAAAUGUCUCAAAAACCAGCGGAACGAGCCGGUCUCGCCCAAUCCCAGCCCCUCCUCGAAGCCAUCACGAGGGAAAUCAAGGCAAAUCGCCACGGCGGCCAAGCAAAACUCCUCGCUUCUUUGGCCAACAUCGCCAAAUGUCCAGCUGGGCAAGAGGGGCUUUUCAAGGCGCACACGAUUCCUGAACUCGUCGGAAUGCUGCCCAAGAAAGACUUGAGGAUCGUCAGUUAUGCAUUGAACACGCUUUACACGCUGAUGAGACAUCUUGGCAGACCGGCGAAGCAAGCAGUUAGAAUCUGUGGCGGGGUGGAGAGAAUUGUCGAACUGAUCGAUCGAGAAAUGUCCGAACACCAGAAAGUGCCCUUCUUGCCAAUGGUGCUCGACUCGCUGCAUAUUUUAGCCUUUCAUUCGAUGGAAAGCAAAGGAAUCAUCUUAUCAAUGGGCGGCACUCAAAAAGCGCUAGAAAUCCUCCGCUACUCCCAGAAGGCAGAGAAAACCGCUCUGACCGCAUUGAAGCUGUUGAAAGUCCUUUCCGUGGAAGACCAAAACAAAGAAACGAUCAUCGAUCAUGGCGGAAUCGACACGCUCAUCGACUACUUGACUCAUUCCAGAUCUGACAUUUCGAUGGACGCUCUUUGGACGCUGAGAAACAUCUCCGAUCAAAUCAACCAAGUCGAAAGCGCCGAUCCGAGCAAAUUGAUGGAAGUCUGCAUCAAAAAACUUUCCUCGCAUGAUUUGAACCACGUCAUCAGCGCUGCUGGAAUCCUGUCAAACUUGACCUGCAAUGACUAUAUCAACAAAACCACCUUCGUCGAGCUUGGAGGAGUUCAGGCAAUGACCCGGGUUGUCCAGCGGGCAAGCUCAAAGGAUGGCUUCAGAGAUGAUGUCGUUGAGCCGGGGAUAACUGCACUCAGACACGUGACAAGAGAUCGAGGGGAUGAGUCAGGAGAGCUUGGUUCCUGGGCCGAAAAGGCGAGAAAGCAAUGUCAGACCCUCAUUCCAACGGUUACUCAACUCCUGACCGGACCUCAAUCUGCUUCCUGGCCAACUGUCAAAGCAACAAUCGGCUUCAUCCGAAAUCUCUGCCACGACAAGCGCAACCGCGAACUCUUCAUGAACCAGGACUUGAUCUCAAAACUCGUCCAAUUGCUAACCAACGCUGAGCAAGAAAUCGUUACUGGCUCGGACAUCGUCAGCGAAGGAAUCGACAUGAUCGACAUUGCUGAAGGCUGCUGUGGAGCGCUCCAGCUCAUGGCUCGUGACUCAGACCCAAGAAAACGAAUCCGCGGAGAUAAUAUUCUUCCUGGAGUCAUCGUUCUUCUUCAAUUGGAUCAUUCAAAUCUUCAGCGAUCAGUGGCCGGAUUCUUGUGCGAAAUGUCAGCUGAUCGAGGAACAAGGGAGAUUUUGUACAAGUUGAAUUUGGAGGAUGGAUCCUCCCUGAAGGAAGAUUUGCUCACUCUUCUACAGGCUGAGUCAGAAGCGACAGUAACAUACGCUGCGAUCACCCUGGUUCGAUUGACUAGCUACAUCAAGGACAAAGACUCCCAAUCGAUCGAAAUCGACAAGGUCCGCGAGCAAAUGGUCCACAUCAUCGCCAAUCGCGUCGGAGAUGAUCAGCUGGACAACUACGCCCCUGAUGAGCUCUCACGCUUCGGAUACGACAGUACUAUCAAGCGACCAACAGGAACAAUGACGACUGAUGGGACGAUGAGAAGCAUGUAUUCGACCACUUCUGGCUCGGUUUUUAGACAAUCGAAUGCGCAGAGCCCGGCGCCUUCUCUUUCCCAAGUUUCAGUGACUCAGAUGUCAAAUGCAAACUACAGCGUCUUCGAGCAAGAACAAAUGAACUCACGUGAUCAACCUGACUUUGGAUUUGUCUAA